GUUAAGAAUAAAACGGUCGUGAGAGCCCCCCCCCCCUCCACUCUGUGGGAGGAGGGACGGCGCGGGACCGCAGGAGCCAGAGCGCAGAGGACUCGGGGAGUCCCGGAGUCAAGUCAGCGAGCGCGUCUGAAGGAUACAAAGUAAACUACGCGAGGCUCCAAAGGACUGAUAGAAACCGAUACAAACUCCGGACUUUUACUUUUUAAAUCCAGUUUUUUCUCUACUUGGUGCGUUUUUACGCACGAGACGAGAAUACCGGACAGUGUUCCAGCGUGAGUGGAGAUGCUCUGAUGAGUGCAACAGUCACAACAGACUGGAUGAUGGGAGCUGGCUGAGGAGCUUCUGUUUCCAGAGCUGUGGCGCCCUCUGCUGUGCGGCUGAAGAAAGUCGGCUUGGAGGAGCAGCAUGGGGAGCAUCAUGGAGGAAGGGAUGAACUUUGUCAUCGUGGACCACUACAACCACUCGGGGAAGUGGGAGCGCCCCCGCAGCGGCGGCGCCUGCAAGAUGGCGGUGCUGCUGUUCAUCUGCGUGCUGAUCGUCCUGGAGAACGUCACCGUGCUGCUCGCCCUGUGGAGGAACAAGCGCUUCCACAGCCGCAUGUACUUCCUCAUCGGGAACCUGGCGCUGUCGGACCUGCUGGCCGGCGUGGCCUACGUGGUGAACAUCUUCACCUCGGGGCGGAACACCUUCUUCCUGACCCCCCGGCAGUGGCUGGCCAGAGAGGGCAGCAUGUUCGUGGCGCUGAGCGCCUCCACCUUCAGCCUCCUGGCCAUCGGGAUUGAGCGUCACAUGACGAUGGUGCGUCUGCGUCCUUGUGAGACGGCGGGCCGAGGCCGACUCCUGGCCCUGCUGGUGGCGUGCUGGCUGGUGUCGGUGCUGCUCAGCGCCCUGCCCAGCCUCGGUUGGAACUGCCUGAACAAUCUGUCCUCCUGCUCCACGGUUCUGCCGCUCUACGCCAAGAGCUACAUCGCCUUCUGCAUCAGCGUGUUCAGCGCCCUGCUGGUGGCCAUCAUCAUCCUCUACAUCAGGAUCUACCGCCUGGUGACCUCCAGCAGCCGCAGGGUCAGCAGCCGGCCGUCGGAGCGCUCCCUGGCGCUGCUGCGGACUGUGGUCAUCGUUCUGGGGGUCUUCGUCAUGUGCUGGGCCCCCCUGUUCCUGCUGCUCCUGCUGGAUGUGGGCUGCAGCCCGGACACAUGCCCGGUCCUGUACCAGGUGGACUGGUUCAUCGCCCUGGCGGUGCUCAACUCCGCCCUGAAUCCUCUGAUUUACACGCUGUCCAGCCGGGAGAUGAGGGCCGCCUUCUUCCGGCUGCUGUGCUGCUGCCAGACGGGCAUGGAGCCGGCGGGGGCCACGGCGGUGGGCAACCUUCACCUGGGCACCGUCAUCCCCACCGCAGAGAACAGCAAGACCAGUUUGGGCGGAGGAGGUGUUCCUGGAAAGUCCUCGGCAAACAAAGGGAAACUUCCUGCUGCUGUCAACUCGGACGCCAAACACGGAGACCCGUCGGUCACCGUCGUGGCCCACCCCUCCGGGCCUGCCGACCUGCUGUCCGCCGUGCUGGUGAAGGCGGGGGCGCUGCCGGCGCUCAACAAGUUCUAAAUAAAACCCACAGACAUGAA